UCUCACUAAAACUCACGGGAGAUGUAGUAUUUUUGUUUGGUCGCUAAACGGGACUCUUGAAGAAAACUGUAACUUAAGAAGUUUAAAGAAAGGGUGGAGAUGGACGCAGUGUGAGAGUGAUCCUCUUCUCUGUCCCAUCAGGAACCAGGAUCAGACAGGUAGGGGAGCUGGAUCUAAAAUAACAUGCACAAAUGAUGCGCUGAACUGGGGAACAUCUGCUGAAGCGACACCCUGAAUGCAGCUAUGGCCGCCUGCAGCCUGGGAAACUCUUUGGGGUCUCAGGUUCACGCUGCUGCCGUCAACGGAGACAAGAACUCACUGCUCAAACUCGUCACAGCUGAGCCCUCUCUACGGGACCAUGAGGACCAGUUUGGCCGGACCCCUCUGAUGUACUGUGUGCUGGCCGACCGCCUGGACUGUGCCGAGAUCCUCCUGAAGACUGGAGCCUCUGUGAACAAGGCCGACCACAGCCACCGCACAGCUCUGCACCUCGCUGCACAAAAGGGGAAUGUGCGCUUCCUGAAGCUGCUGUUGUCCAGACGCGCAAACUGGCUCCAGAAAGAUUUGGAGGAGAUGACCCCACUGCACUUGGCCACGCGGCACCCCUCUCCCAAAGCUCUGGCUCUGUUACUCAAAUACAUCGGACCAGGGGAAGUGGACACACAGGACAAGAACAAGCAAACAGCUCUGCACUGGUCUGCAUUUUACAACCGUCCUGAACACGUCCGGCUCCUGAUCAAACAUGACUCCAACAUUGGCAUUCCAGACAGUGAAGGAAAGAUCCCCCUUCACUGGGCAGCACACAGCCAAGAGCCCAGUGCCACACAAACUGUCCGCUGUAUUCUGGAAGCCGCUCCCACUGAGUCUCUGUUAAACUGGCAAGACUUUGAGGGCCGGACCCCGCUGCACUUUGCCGUUGCCGAUGGUAACGAGACCGUUGUCGAGGUGUUGACGUCGUAUGAAGGCUGCAAUGUGACGGCCUAUGAUAACCUCUUCAGAACACCACUGCACUGGGCUGCACUACUCGGACAUGCUAAGAUUGUGCAUCUGCUUCUGGAGAGAAACACAUCAGGUACAAUCCCAUCAGACAGUCAGGGAGCCACGCCUCUUCACUAUGGAGCACAGAGCAACAAUGCUGAGACGGUUGGCGUGUUUUUGUCUCACCCCACUGUUAAAGAUGAGCCGGACUUGGAGGGCCGGACCGCCUUCAUGUGGGCCGCAGGGAAGGGCAGUAAUGAUGUCAUCAGCACCAUGCUGGCCCUCACCCCUCACCUCGAUAUCAACAUGGCCGAUAAGUACGGAGGAACAGCGCUGCAUGCUGCCUCGUUAUCAGGCCAUGUGAGCACCGUGAGGCUGCUGCUGGAGAGGGGCGCCAUGGUCGACUCUCUGGAUGUGAUGAAGCACACGCCGCUCUUUCGGGCCUGUGAGAUGGGACACAAGGACGUCAUACUCACUCUCAUUAAAGGCUCAGGACGUGUAGACCUGGUGGAUGUGGAUGGUCACACAGCUCUGCACUGGGCAGCUCUGGGCGGAAAUGCUGAAAUCUGCCAAAUAUUAAUGGAGAAUGGAAUUAGUCCAAAUGUACAGGAUCACGCAGGUCGAACACCGCUGCAAUGUGCCGCUUAUGGAGGCUACAUCACCUGCAUGGCUGUACUAAUGGAGAAUAAUGCAGAUCCGAACAUACAAGAUAAAGAGGGUCGAACUGCACUCCACUGGUCCUGUAACAAUGGCUACUUAGACGCGGUGAAGCUGCUACUUGGCUACAGUGCGUUUCCCAAUCACAUGGAGCACACAGAGGAGAGGUACACCCCACUGGAUUACGCUCUUCUGGGGGGGCACAGUGAGGUCACACAGUUUAUGCUAGAGCACGGCGCCCUGUCCAUCGCGGCCAUCCAGGACAUCGCCGCGGCAACCAUCCAGGCGGUCUAUAAAGGCUACACCGUCCGAAAGGCCUUUAGGGAGCGCAAGCAACUCCUGAUGAGGCAUGAGCAACUGCGCAAGGAUGCAGCCAAAAAGCGAGAGGAGGAACAGCGUAAGAGAGAUGCUGUGCAGAGGGUUGUGUCGACUGCCAGUGAGAAGAGACUCCCCCCGCUGGUCAGGGCAGAAUCUGAGAAAACUGAAAAAUCAUCUUUGGUUCACAUCAUUGAAGACUUGUCCCUGAACGAUUUUGCGGAGGAAACAACGAAAUCUCCCAGUGACAAAAGUGAACAUGCCAAAAACAGAGAGGAAAGGCUUAAAGGUCAGAAAAGAAGAAUAUCCAGAAAAAGUCCAGUUUUUCAAGCUCAAAGCAACAAUGAAGCCUGUACUACCAGUAUUGUGGACAGUAUGCAACAAUAUUUUUUCAAACCAAGACCUCCUUCUGUGCCUAAAACGAAAGAAAGAGUGUCACCUAUGCACAGAAAUGCUAUUACUAUGGGCCAAGUGGAUGCCGUAAGCAAAGAACAAAAAAUUUCCAUCAAUGAAACCUCGCAGAACUGUAGGACUGUUUCUCAUUCUACCUCAACGCAAAAGCUGAAAAACCAAAUCAGAAGGGACCAAUCAUCAGACAGAGAUCCGUCUCACCAAAGAAAUGUUUCAGGACGAGGCUUUAAAGCUUCAGACAAAAAUGCACUAAAAAAGUCCAGUGUUCAGGCCUCUGCACAAAACAGGAAGUACGAUCGAGAACAACGGAGGAGAAGACACAAAGCUGCAUGCACCAUUCAACAGGCCUGGAGGAGGUUUUGUGCGAAAAGGCAUUCUGAGGUCGAAGCGUGUGAGCGAGCAGUACCAGUGUCUCACCACACCCAUAAGACGACAAGAGCAGCACUUUGUAAAUCUGCCGGGAGUAAGAGCUCUGUGCUACAAAGCAUCUAUGGCAACUCCAUGACACGAAGGGGGCGAUCUAUUCGGAGGUCCCAGUCCCAGGUGCCUGUGGACUUACCAUUACGCACUGCAAGCCAGAUGAGUGGUAUAGACUGCGUGCAUCUGACUGAUGUGUUGAACCAAGCCAAGCACUACUCGUACCACCUCCGACCACAGAGCGCCGACCAGAGACAGAGGAGAAUACUGAAGCAACACUGAACACACACACGCACACACAGAGCUCCUGGGCUUUCAUGUUUUCUCAGCUGUCUGGUGGCCUUACCUCUAUAGAAUUACUCCACACAUUGUCCGUUCAAUGCGCCCGGUUUGCUAAAAUUAAGCCUUGUGACAUCAGAGCCAUGACCUCACAGGGUGGGGUUAAGUCCGUAGAAAUCGUGUGUGUAAAAGAUAACCUUUCAUCCGUCAUUGUAAAGCGCACACACACACACAUUUGUCUGGCCGCGUCUUGCCCGUUCUCCGUCGCAUUGGCUCACAUACCGAGAUAACCUUUUCUCCUGUUGUGUAGACUGAAGCGCUCUAUCAACAACCAGUCAUAGAGAUCGCCCACCUGCAACCACCAGCGUACAUUCAUUUUACACUGCCCACUCUCCCAAGUACUUUUAUACUAAGCUAUGCUGCAUAUUUUUAAUGUAUUCUAUAUAUAUAUUUUAAAUAAUAUGUAAAAUGAUUGCUUUUCGC